AUGUUACGUCCUACGUCNCUCGCCAUCUUGGAUGACGCUUCCGGCCAUUAUACAUCUGGUUUCUUCUAUGGGAACAACUAUUGGUUGGGUUCACUAUCGCUAUGUGAAUCCAUUUACCACGAAGGUGACGAUGACAGCGUUAAUUCAAGGACCGCUAAGAAUUCAGGUUUACCGUUUGCAAAAGCACAUACGCAAAUCUAUACAACGGUCUACAAUGAAAAUCCAACAUUUAUCCCUGGGUUCUUUGUGAUAAAGAUCUUCUUGAAUGAAACCUUUCCCACAUUUUUGACUAGAACCAUCUAUGUUGGCGUUUGUAUACCUUCCACCUGCUCUAAUAACGACGUUCACACUAUGGCGGAAUUCACACAAAUACCCUCGGCGACUCGGACUGUUAAAGUUUUGAAUGUGCGCAUGCCCAGCAACAAAAAGUUCAACCUAUUCGGCGAUCGAACAUUUUGGAUUUUAAGCGUUGUUUCAUUUUUGGUCCUUACUCUAAUAAUUGCCGGCACUUUAUACGAAAUUUACUUGACGAGUCGCUUGAAGGCGGCACUUCGCCUUCAAGAUAAGGAGAUGAUGAAUAAUAGUGAGACUUCAUCAGGCAUAGGUUGUGCUUCAUCCGAUUACGGAGAUUCUAUGGCUCAUGAGUCGCUCAAGAAAGAGUCAAUAAAGGAAUCGCUGAACGAGUUGAAUAUCGUACUGAAUAUACCGCGUGAAGUAAACGGCGGUCCAAGUAGCAGUAACAACACUUCCGAUGAACAUCUGGAAGUUCAUCUUCACGAGCCCGAAAAACUUAGCGUUUACUCCGAAUUAUUGCUUUCCUUCUCGGCCAUUACCAACUUCAAUGCCAUUUGUGAUAGGAAUGUCGGCGCGGACACUAUUCCCUGCGUACACGGACUUCGCGCUUUUUCAAUGGCGUGGGUUAUACUCGGACAUACCUGCAUAGUGGUUUUCAAAUACUCAGAUAAUAUGGAGAUGCGUAAAGAAGUGGAGAAAAACUUCUUCUUUCAAGCUGUCACAAACGGACCAUUCAGUGUGGACACAUUUUUCUUUAUCAGCGGCUUUUUGGUUUCAUAUUUGUAUUUUCGCACGAAUGCCAAAGGAAAACUGAAUAAACUCACAAAAGGCAGCAGUGAACUGGCGGCUGGUACUGCACACUUCUUGGGAUUGGUCGCUUAUCGUUUCAUGAGAUUGACUGCGCCAUAUAUGUUUGUGCUUGGAGUCGUACAGGUUACUAUGAAGUAUCUGGCCACAUAUUCGAUAUUUGAUCCUCCGACCAUGGAUCAUGAGACGUGCCCAAAAUAUUGGUGGCGCAACUUACUGUAUAUCAACACACUGUUCCCAGUAGAUCAAAUGUGUAUGCUAUGGAGUUGGUACUUGGCCAACGAUACACAGUUCUACAUUAUUGGCGCCAUCAUACUGAUCAUCGGAGUAAGGCACUUUAAACUGUCUGCAUGUACCACUUUAGUUUUCUUGGUGUCGUCUUGGAUUACAACAGCUAUCAUAGCUUUUACUAACAACCAUCGACCCGACACUGACGACCCUCUGGCGUUAUUUGAUAAAAUAUAUGAUAAACCGUGGACGCGUCUGGGCCCUUAUCUUAUCGGGAUGGCAGUUGGCUGGAUAUUGUUUCGCACCAACUGUAAAAUUCGUUUUCCACGUCUUACGGUGGCCACUCUCUGGACGUUGGCCAUGCUCAAUCUCUUUGUUCUGGUAUUCGGACUGUAUCGCGCUGAUUUAUCACAAUUAUUGGCGGCUGCGUAUAGCUCGCUUAGCCACUCAGCUUGGGCAUUAUCGUUGGCUUGGAUCACAAUUGCAUGCUCUACAGGAUAUGGUGGCUACAUUAAUUCCUUACUCUCAGCCCCUUUUCUGUAUCCGUUCUCCCGUGUCACCUACUGCGCAUAUCUGGUACAUCCGAUCGUCAUUCGAUCUAUGGCGCUAAACACUGACGCCCCACUACACUUGGGCGGUGAUACUAUGGUUAUAUUAUUUUUUGGACUUGUGGUAGCAUCGUAUUUGCUGUCGUUUGUUGUAUCGAUGUCCUUCGAAGCGCCUGUUGUCACAAUGCUGAAGAUCCUGUCUCCUAGUCGAAAAAAGCGUAUCGCUUAGUAAACUUAUGUUUGCAAGUACAUUAUAUAUUAGGGUGGUCCAAAAUAAGUAAAGUCGGUAUUUUAAUGCUCUCUCCCCCUAGAAUUGUUCUAUAUCGA